CAGGGAAGCAGGUACAGUCCCGUCUGCCCUUCACUGGGGCUUGAUGAGGCCCCCUGCCAGGGCAGCUGCAAGCCCAUCCCUGUGGAGGCUGCCCAUGGUGGCAGGUGUUCUGCUCAGGAUGAACCAGAUGAUGCCACGAACGUUUAGUUUAUAAUCAAGGCAGCACACAAGCCUCCAACAGAGUGAGUGGGGCACAGUGUGGAUCUCCACCCAAAAGAGCAAAUUGCAAAAAAGCUGGUAUAGUAUAAGUCUCUUUUGUAAAAUGAAUAACCCAAAAGAGUAUUCACUUAUGAAAAAUGUCUGGAGAAAAAUUCCACAAGCUCAGUGGUGGUCAUAUCUGGAAGGCUCAGAUUAGAGGGAUUUUUAACUUCCUGUGUUUUGUAUAUUUCUAUAAUGUUUAAAUGUUUGCUGAUGCAUGUGUAAUACUUUGGUAAUCAGAAUGACAAAAAAAAUGUUUUUAAAGAGAAGGGGUACCCCCCACCCUUCAUCCAUCUUGGUUCCCAAACUUCCAAAACAACCAGCAUGUGCUGGUAACUCCGCCUCUGUAUUACCAGGAAGUGUUUAUGCAUCAUAAAGGAUUUUGUCCUGAGUGUGUAUGAUUAAUUAUUAAGGAGAUGUUGUCAAUCCUGUCAGAUAAGUUUAAUGUUUAGUUUGAGGACUGAAAUGUUAAAGGCUUUGUCCAUUGACUUUGCACACUGUUGCUUAGGUGUCAGUUAAAAAGCCAUGGAACCAAAGGGCAAGCUGUGAUUUUGUUUUGUUUUCAAGACCACUUAGACCUGAAACACUUUUAUUAUUUACAGCACUACACUGCUUUCCUUAUCUUCAAGCUCAGGAAAAUAGGUUGCUGUUAUAAUUACUGAUCCAGUGAGGAAAGGGAGACUGUGUAAGAUGCAAAACGAACGAUAAAACACAUGAUCCAAAAAACUGAGUAGCACUGAUGGCAGGUGGAAAAGGAGGCCCCUGGAGGGGAUAUGGGGAGAGUGAGAGUAAUAAAGCUGAGCUUCCUGGAAGAGGUGGGCCUGUUUGGGAGCAGGAAAGAGUGGAGAGGAAGGCGUCAUUGAGGAGGAAGGCAGAUUCAGUUAUGAGGCAGGAGCUCCGCAGGCCAGGCCUAGAGUGAGGCCCACUUGCCCCGUUUCCUCUUUUCCCUGAGAGAGGCCAGGGUCCCUGCCCCAGCCGUGGCCCUGGGCUCUGGAGACCGUGCUGGACAAAGCCAGGUGGGAGGCCCAGCCAACUCCAACUCUGGACUCUGCCCAGGAAUUUCCACUGAGAUGAGAAGACAGGCCAAAACGCAAGCAGGUUGGAUCCAGCCCGUCCCCGUGGAAACGCGCUUCCGUCUCCCUGAGAGGGACUUGUUGACCACAAAUAUCUGCAAGGUCUGGCGCACGGAGGACGACACACCGAGCCUAAGAAAGGCCAGCUCUCUCACAUCAGCGGCUGGUGGUUUGGAGAACAUGGGGGCUGAGCUGUUGGAAAGCCUGGAGGAAGGCCGGGAUCCUGGCAGUGACUCAAGCCCUGCAGAAGUCAGGGACAGCGGGAGCAAGGCUGGCCCGGAGCCCUCCUCAGGGUGGAGGAGGAGCCUGCAGCCAGCCCUGAGGGUGAGACGCUUCUGCAGGGAGCACGCACAGCUGCUUCGAUGGAUCUGCACAGGCCUGCUAUGUACUGCAUUUGCUGCCUUCCUGCUGAUGGCCUGCCUCCUGGAUUUCCAGAGGGCCCUCACCUGUGUGGUGAGGGUCCUCACCCGUGUGGACCUCGUCUUCCUGGCCCACAGCCUGCUGAAGAGGCUGCUGGGGCCAAAGCUGCUGAGGUGUGUCAAGCCUCUGGGGCAUCCCGGCCUGAACCUCUGGUUUAAGAGGGAGCCCUUUCUAGCCCUUGCUGCUUUCCUGGCCCUGAUCCUAUGGCUGGUUCUGGACACCUCUCAGCAGCCUGAGCAACUGGUGUCCUUCGGAGGAAUCUGCAUGUUCAUCAGCCUCCUCUUUGCCUUCUCAAAGCAUCACCGCGCGGUAUCCUGGCGGGCUGUGUCCUGGGGUCUGGUACUACAGUUUGCACUUGGACUCUUCGUCAUCAGAACAGAACCAGGAUUUAUUGCAUUUCAGUGGCUGGGCGACCAGAUCCAGAUCUUCCUGAGAUACAGGUCCAGCUUCUUGUCUGGGGAGGCUCUGGUCAAGGAUGCCUUUGCAUUUCAGGUUUUGCCCAUCAUUGUUUUCUUCAUCUGUGCCAUGUCCGUUCUCUACUAUGUGAGCCUCAUGCAGUGGGUGAUCCUGAAGAUCUCCUGGCUGAUGCAGGCCACCAUGGGCCCCAUGGCCACGAAGACCCUGAGUGUGGCUUGAACCAUCUUUGUGAGCCAGACAGAUGCUCCUCUACUGAUCCGGCCCUACUUGGCAGACAUGACACUCUCUGAAAUCCACGUUGUCAUGACCAGAGGCUACGCCACCAUUGCCGGCAGCCUGCGGGACGCCUGCAUCUCCUUUGGGAUCGAUGCUGCCUCCUUAAUUGCUGCCUCUGUGAAGGCUGCCCCUUGUGCCUUAGCCCUCUACACGGAGGUGGAGGAGUCCAAGUUCAGGGGUGAGGAAGGAGUGAAACUGACCUACAGAGAUGCUCAAAACCUCUUAGAAGCAGCUAGCAGUGGGGCUGCCAUGUCCGUGAGGGUCGUGACCAACAUCGCAGCCAACCUGAUUGCUUUUCUGACUGUGCUGGCCUUCAUCAAUGCUGCCCUCUCCUGGCUGGGAGACGUGAUGGACGUCCAGGGGCUCAGCUUCCAGGUACAGCUCAUCUGCUCCUACAUCCUGUGGUCAGUGGCCUUCUUGAUGGGAGUGGCCUGGGAGGGCUGCCCGGUGGUGGCUGAGCUGCUGGGAAUGAAGCUGUUUCUGAACGAGGGCGCCGAGGAGUGGGCCGGUUCCAGGAAGCAGUGGAUCUCUGUGAGUGCCACCAUCCUAGAUACGUUUGCCCUCUGUGGAUUUGCCAACUUCAGCUCCAUUGGGAUCAUGCUGGGAGGCCUGACCUCCAUGGCCCCCCAGCAGAAGAGCAACUUCUCCCAGAUCAUGCUCUGGGUGCUCUGCACGGGGGCCUGUGUGUCUUCUCUGGUGAAUGCCUGCGUGGCAGGGAUCCUGUACAUGCGGGGGGCUGAGGUCGACUGUGUGUCCCUCCUGAACACGACCCUCAGCAGCAGCAGUUUUGAGGUGUACCAGUGCUGCCGCCAGGCCUUCCAGAGCACCGACCCGGAGUUCACCCUAGAGGCCCUGGACAACUGCUGUUGAUUUUAUAAUCACACGAUCUGUGCAUAGCAGGGACAGAACAUCUCUAUGCCUUCUGGAGGCUAUUCUUCCCCAGGAAGCAGCUGUCCCCAUCUCUCUCUCUCCAGGCCCACCCCCUUGGGGAAGCCGCAGGGUUUAGACCCACCUCAGUCAUAAAUUGGGAAGGGUGACAGGGUGAGUGGGCAGAGUGAGUACAUAAGUAAAUGAGGGUUGCCCCCCCACUCGUCACCACAUUUCUGCUCUCCCAUUUCCUACCUCCCCAAGUGUGAAUUCUCAGGGUCACCUCUGCCUCUUCUCUCCUCUCUAUAUCCAAACAGCUCCCUGCUCUUCCCUAUACCCCCUGCCCUGGGUCUCCCCCAUUCACCCUUCCCUUCUGCUCCAGGGCCCUCAGCCCUGGCAUUUCAGCUGAUUCCUUCCCCCUCCUCUCUAGGUGCUGGAAUCUUGCUGUGGUUUAGCCCCUGCCAGGCAGCUUCUCCUGGAGACCCCUUCCUCUAUGUCCAGAGACUCCCCAUGGCCUUCCUCCAUAGCACUUCCCACACUGGUGUCCUGUGGAACACUGUCCCACAAGGGCUUCCCUGAUGGCGCAGUGGUUAAGAAUCUGCCUGCAGAUACAAGGAACACGGGUUCGAGCCCUGGUCCAGGAAGAUCCCACAUGCCGCGAAGCAACUAAGCCCAUGCGCCACAACUACUGAGGCUGCACUCUAGAGCCCAUGCUCCGCAACAAAAGAAGCCACUGCAAUGAGAAGCCCGCGCACCCCAACGAAGAGUAGCCCCCGCUCGCCACAACUAGGGAAAGCCCGCAGGCAGCAACGAAGACCCAACGCAGCCAAAAAUAAAUAAAAUAAAUUUUAAAAAAUGUGUAUCGUAGUGGGUUGAAUUUUGUCCCCCCCAAAGCUAUGUCCAUAGAGAAUGGACUUGAGGACAUGGGGAGGGGGAAGGGUAAACUGGGACGAAGUGAGAGAGUGGCAUGUACUUAUAUAUAAUACCAAAUGUAAAAUAGAUAGCUAGUGGGAAGCAGCCGCAUAGCACAGGGAGAUCAGCUCAGUGCUUUGUGACCACCUAGAGGUGUGGGAUAGGGAGGGUGGGAGGGAGAUGCAAGAGGGAGGAGAUAUGGGGAUAUAUGUAUACGUAUAGCUGACUCACUUUGUUAUACAGCAGAAACUAACACACCAUUGUAAAGCAAUUAUACUCCAAUAAAGAUGUUAAAAA